UGCCCCCUUGCUUCGCAAACUUCAUCACCCUCACCCAUUAACAAAAAUUUCAUAGCUCAGAAAAUUCGACCUCAAACCCUCUGCAUCCAUGGCAAUCAAACUCUAUAUUGUUUUCUAUUCCAUGUACGGACAUGUUGAGAGACUUGCAGAAGAGAUUAAGAAGGGGGCAGCGUCUGUAGAAGGUGUCGAAGCCAAGUUGUGGCAGGUACCGGAAACAUUAACCGAGGAUGUCCUUGGCAAGAUGAGCGCACCAUCAAAGAGUGAUGUGCCAAUUAUCACCCCGACCGAACUCCCUGAGGCAGAUGGUUUAGUUUUUGGCUUCCCUACUAGAUUUGGAAUGAUGGCUGCCCAAUUCAAAGCAUUUCUGGAUUCAACUGGAGGUCUUUGGAGAACUCAACAACUUGCAGGCAAACCUGCUGGUGUCUUUUACAGUACUGGAUCCCAGGGAGGUGGACAGGAAACUACCGCGUUGACUGCCAUCACUCAGCUGGUUCACCACGGAAUGAUAUUUGUUCCCAUUGGUUACACUUUCGGUGCUGGCAUGUUCGAGAUGGAGCACGUUAAAGGUGGAAGUCCUUAUGGAGCUGGAACAUUCGCAGGUGAUGGCUCAAGAAAACCAACCACUCUUGAGUUGGAGCAAGCUUUCCACCAAGGAAAGUACCUUGCUACCAUCACAAAGAAGCUCAAGGGAUCAGCCUAGACUUGAAUGUAAAAGAGACACUGUUUGAAAAUACAUCCAUUUCCUAUUUUUUCACCAUUCGAAUUUGAAUUUGCUUGCAAUAAUCAUUGAGUUGUUUGGUUAUGAGAAUUGUAUGCUUCUCAGUAGAGUUGUUUUAAAUGAUACAAACUUGCUAUUUAGCUUCAAA